AUGGCGUCAAAAUCAAGCCUGGCUGAUGCAUUUGAGAAAGUUAAAGGAUUAUUUGGAAUAGAGAAGCUGAAAGAAGAGCAGUUGGAUAUUCUAACAUCGGUAAUUAGAGGAGAGGAUUAUGUGGUAGUCUUGCCAACCGGAUUCGGAAAGUCUUUGCCGUACCAGGUGACAAAAACUGUGUCUAACGAACUGAAUCACGAAUUCCAGAGUCAUCGAAUGUUCGCCCCUCAUUUCUUUAAUGAAGACCAAGUAUCUCGUCUGCAGACGCAUGGAAAUUUACUUAAAGCCAUGUACAAAGGACAAGAGGAUUGCAGUGCAGCUGAAAAUUACGACAUUAUCUUCUCAUCACCAGAGCACCUUGUUGUUAAUGCAGAUUAG